AUGAAACCAGUCACCAGUAUCAUCCGAGCGAUACUCAUUCUAUUGGCGGUGUCUCCGCUUAAUGCUCUGGCAACCAGCAACGAACAUGUCGAUAACGCGAAUUUCAGCUACAACAACAGGAGUUUUCUACUGAAUGGAGCUCCGUAUCAAAUAAUCGGAGGGCAAAUGGACCCUCAGCGUAUUCCUCGCGCUUACUGGCGCCAGAGGUUGCAAAUGGCGCGAGCAAUGGGCCUAAACACCAUCUUUUCAUACAUAUUUUGGAAUCGCCUAGAGCCACAACCAGGGAAAUGGGACUUCAGCGACCAGAAUGAUGUUGCAGCAUAUUUUCGCUUGGCCCAGGAAGAAGGAUUGCAUGUGGUGUUGCGACCAGGGCCCUAUGUCUGCGGCGAGCAUGACUGGGGUGGGUUCCCAGCGUGGUUGAGCCAGGUACCUGGAAUGGAAGUACGGUCAAACAACGCGCCCUUUCUAAACGCAUCAAAGACUUAUAUCCAGCGACUGGCCAAGGAGGUGCAGGCUCUGCAGGUCAAUAACGGAGGACCGAUAUUGAUGGCUCAGUUGGAGAAUGAAUAUGGGAGCUUUGGGUCGGAUAAAACUUAUCUGAAAGCGCUCGCCACUAUUCUUAGUGACAACUUUGAUGUGUUUCUUUACACAAACGACGGCGGUGGAGAAUCAUAUCUUGCAGGUGGCCAGCUUCAAGGUGUACUUGCAGAAAUCGAUGGCGAUCCCAAGACGGGAUUUGCAGCUCGAGACAAGUACGUGACUGAUUCCAGCAGUCUAGGCCCACUCUUAGAUGGCGAAUACUAUGUCACCUGGCUUGACUCUUGGGCUAGCAACUAUUCGCAUGAGACCGACUCCGGAGAUACAGCUGCGUCCCAGCAAGCCCUCAAAGAUCUAGAUUGGAUUUUAUCAAAUAACAACUCCUUUAGUCUUUAUAUGUUUCACGGCGGCACGAACUGGGGAUUUGACAAUGGCGCAAUAUGGGGUAGUUCCUACCUCGAAGCUGUCACGACAAGCUAUGACUACGGUGCGCCCCUUGAUGAAAGUGGCCGACCUACAAAUAUCUAUUACCAGAUCCGCGACGUCAUCGCAAAAUACCUGCCGGACGGAACCAUCCCAGAUGUACCAAUCGCACCAAAUUUAACCCAGGUAGCGGAAAUUAGUCUGAAACCGACAGUGAGCUUGUUUGAUACCCUGGAUUUUUUCCACAAGACAUCCGCGGACUAUCCCUUGAGCAUGGAAGCUCUAGGUCAGUCAUACGGAUUCGUGUUAUAUGAACAUAUAGCAAAAACCUCUGUUCAAGGCAAAGUCACGUUAGGAGGGGGAAUUCGAGAUCGUGUCAUUGUUUAUGUUAAUAGCAUACGUAUUGGGGUUAUGGAUAGUACAUACGCAGCACCCUCGUCUGAGCAAGUCUCGCUCCAGAAAGAUGACUGUUUGCAACUACUUGUCGAAAAUCUUGGUCGGGUUGACUAUGCACAACAAUUGAAAGAUCAGAUAAAAGGCGUCGUUGGCAAUGUGACCAUGGGCAAUGAAAGCACCGUAUUGACUGGAUGGAGCAUUUAUUCUAUGGAACUAGACAACAUACCCCCUUCCGCUACCACUCAACCAAGUUCUCAAAAGUCGAUACAUGUUGGAAGUGGAGGCCCCCCAGUGUUCUAUCAUGGCUCUUACGCAAUUUCUCCAGAUGUUUCACAAUCCCCACUUAGUCGAGAUACAUUCCUAUCACUACCAAAUGGCGUCAAGGGUGUUGCUUGGGUGAACGGCCGGAAUCUCGGAAGAUACUGGACAAUUGGGCCUCAACAAAGUUUGUAUGUGCCUGGUUGUUUCUUGAACAACGGAACAGAUCUGAAUGAGAUUAUUGUGCUGGAAUUAGAGCCCCGGGGAAAUACUACUUUUUUUGCAAAAGGACUUUCAACUCGGCAUUGGUUUAAUAAUUUUGAUCCGGACGCGCCUUAG